UGGAGUUAGUUUCAAGGAACUAGGUGUGCUUGUGGAUUGAUAAGAAAGGGAAUCUGUACCGAAUUAUUUGGUACAAAAUGCCUCCGACAUUGUUUCAGAAACUUUUUAAUAAGAGAAAUGCCUUUUCACCGCCACCCAAGUGCACAAAAGACGACCACUCGUACAGCUGGCCCUCCCCUGAGCUGGAACCCAGCCAGAUCAGGCUGAUAGUGUAUCAGGACUGCGAACGACGGGGGAGAAAUGUCCUCUUCGACUCAAACGCCAAAAAGAGGAGCUCGGAGGAAGCCCCGGUGUCGAAGCCCUGCAGUGAGGCCCAGGUGAAGAUGUUUGGGAAGUGCUGUCAGCUGCGGCCCACCGGAAGCUCCAGCUCACUGGACAGCAGCUCCUCCUCCACGUCCGAGCCCCGGGAGCAGGGCCCACGCUUCCAAGGGUCCCGCUGCUCGUCGGACGCCAACAUGCUGGGGGAGAUGAUGUUCGGCUCGGUGGCGAUGAGCUACAAGGGAUCCACGCUGAAAAUCCACCAGAUCCGAUCCCCUCCGCAGCUCAUGCUGAGCAAAGUGUUUACCGCUCGGACAGGAAGCAGCGUUUACGGCAGCCUCAACACGUUGCAAGACAGCCUUGAGUUCAUCAACCAAGAUUCAAACUCACUGCGACCAGAUCAGAGCACUGUUGUGAAUGGAUUUCUCGGGAACAUAGGUUUCUCUCAGCUGUGCAGCCCUCGGCGGGCCUUCUCUGAGCAGGGCCCCCUGCGUCUGAUCAAGAGCGCCUCUUUCUUUUCAGGACACAGCAACCCCAUGGACAUGCCCGGCAGGGGACUGAACGACGAGAGGGACAGCGGGAUCGCCAGAUCAGCGUCACUCAGUAGCCUGCUGAUCACUCCUUUCCCCUCGCCCGGCUCCUCCCUGACCAGCAGCUGUGCCAGCAGCUACCAGAGACGCUGGCUGCGGAGCCAGACCACCAGCCUGGAGAACGGGGUCUUCCCAAGAUGGUCAGUGGAGGAGAGCUUCAACAUGUCUGAUGAGAGCAGUGGGCCCAGCCUUGGUGUGGUCAGAAAGAAGAAGAUAGCUAUUGGAGUCAUCUUUCUGCUGUCACAAGACGAGGAGGAGAACACCAAGUUCCAGGACUUCUUCUUUUCUCAUUUCCCACUCUUUGAGAGUCACAUGAACAAGCUCAAAAGUGCAAUCGAACAGGCCAUGAAAAUGAGCCGGCGGUCAGCUGAUGCCAGCCAGCGGGUGCUGGCUUACAGCCGGAUCGUAGACGGGCUGAACGAAUUUAGGACGACCAUCUGCAACCUUUACACCAUGCCCCGCGUGGCCGAGCCUGUGUGGCUGACCAUGAUGUCGGGAACCCCCGAGAAGAACCAGCUCUGCGGCCAGUUCAUGAGGGAGCUCGCCCUGCUGAUGGAGCAGGCCUCCAAGAAUCAGUUCCUUCCAGCGCUCCUCACCGCUGUCCUCACCCACCACCUGGCCUGGGUUCCCACGGUGAUGCCAAACGGACAGCCGCCCAUCAAGAUCUUCCUGGAGAAGCACUCUUCCCAGAGCGUGGACAUGCUGGCCAAGACGCAUCCCUACAACCCGCUGUGGGCUCAGCUCGGUGACCUGUACGGGGCGAUCAGCUCACCGGUGCGGCUCUCCCGGACAGUGGUGGUGGGGAAGAGGCAGGAGCUGGUGCAGAGGCUCCUCUACGUCCUCACCUACUUCAUCCGCUGCUCGGAGCUGCUGGAGACGCACCUGCUGGAGAGCGCGGAGGACGAGGCCAUCGUCAUGCCGGGCUCGCUCAUCACCACCUCACUCCGGCGUGGCGAGGUGGAGGAGUCCGACUAUGUGCUGGUCACCAUGCACAAGCCCCGUGACGACUACCUGUCGCAGGGGGUCGCCGCCGAGGACGACUACCCCUCCGACGGCAGCUGCCGGGACGAGCCAUGCCCGGACCCCGAGGCCGACGGCGGCCAGGGCCCUAAGGGCAGUGCCCUGCAGGCCCUCUUCAACCCCGGCGCGCUGCCCGUCAUCCGCACCGAGGACGUCAGCGACUUGCCGGCCUACAAGGAGAAGGCCAGCAGCCACUGCCUGGACGCCAAGCUGGAGACAGUGGUGUGCGUGGGGUCGGCGUCCUCCAGGGACCAGGGCUCGGUGCUGGAGGUGGAGCUGGAGGCGGAUCUGGACUCCGUGGCCAGUGAGGAGGCUCCCGACUGCGGGAGCCACCCGAUCAAAGUCUUCCGCUCCUCGGGGAUACCGCUGGAGAAGAAGCCCCCGGACAAGAAGCUGGCCGGCCCGUUCCUGGACGACGAGCAGCCCGCCUCCAAAGUGACUUUCCUUAUUGGGGACUCCAUGUCCCCGGACUCGGACACGGAGAGCAGGAGGCAAAAGGUGGAGGAACAAAUCAAGAAGCACAAGAAACACCUGCAGCAGCAGGAGGGCAGCACCGAGCCAAAAUGUGAGUCGAAGACGACACUAGAGGACCAAAGCAAGACCAACGAGGGCAAGGAGACCCUGCUACGAGUCUCCAGCAAGAUGCCCAAAUGGAAUUCCACCCCGGAGGAGUGCAUGGACUUGUUCGACGAGUACUUCAGCGACGACAACCCGGUGGAGACCAGGACUAUUGACGAUGUGUCAAAAAAACAGGAGGCGAGCAGCGCGGACAAAUCGAAGGAGGAGCUGCUGGAUCCCUCAGGCGCCUCCAGGCGGGAGGCCGCCCCCGAGAGCGAGGGGGUGCAGGGGGACCCGGGCGGCGGCAGGUGUCGCUGCAGCUCGACGGACACGGCGAGCGAUGGCUUGUGCGGGCGGUGUUCUGCCGAGCAGGACAAGGGCAUCGUGAUCUCCGUUCCCAUCCCACAGGGGGACAAGGCGGACCUCAAGAAGGUCCCCGCCCCCAACGAGUGGGAGUUCCCCCGGAACGAGAGCUCAGACAGCGCCCUGGGGGAUAGCGAGAGCGAGGACGCGGGGCAGGAGCUGCACCGGCCGGACGGGCGGUACUGCCGGGAGGAGCAGGAGGAGUGGCUGGAUGAGGUGGAGGUCCCCUUCCCAGGGGCAAAGCUGGUUGAAAAUUACUCCAAACCGAGCAUCGCCAACUUCGGGAGGUCUCUGUUCGGCGGGUACUGUCCGACGUAUGUGCCCGACUUUGUUCUGCACGGCAUGCCCAGCGACGAGCGGCUUCGGCAGUGCCUGAUGGCGGAUUUGGCGCAUGCCGUACAGCAUCCGGUUUUGGAUGAGCCCAUAGCAGAGGCCGUCUGCAUUAUAGCAGACACAGACAAGUGGAUGGUGCAGGUAGCCAGCAGCCAGAGGAGAGCCACUGAAAACAAACUGGGCAAGGAGGUCCUGGUGUCCAACCUGGUAUCCAGCCUUCUCCAUUCGACCUAUCAGCUCUACAAACUCAACCUCUCCCCGAAUUUUUGCAUUAUGCACCUAGAAGACCGGCUCCAGGAACUGUAUUUCAAGAGCAAAAUGCUGGCGGAGUACCUGAGGGGUCAGGCCAGAGUGCACGUCAAAGAGCUGGGAAUGGUCCUGGGGAUCGAGUCCAGCGAUCUCCCUCUGUUGGCGGCGAUAGCGAGCACGCACUCCCCAUAUGUGGCCCAGAUCCUGCUGUAGGUGGCCAAAAAGGCAGCGGUGGAAACUAUUUUGUCUGGAACCAUAGGAAUGGCACAAAAACAGCACUGACUCAGACCGAGUGUGCCAGACCUGUCCCCGCCCCGCUGGCCCUCGGCACACGCGCUGAUGCAGCUCACAGACUCACAGCUGAUCCCAGAUCAGCGGCCACGGGGCCCGGCUAUGGGGGGGGAGGCGGUGCCACAAGGGUGGAUAGAGACGCUCGCUGUCUCCCUCUGUAAAGACUGAGGAUUGGUGGAGAUACUCCAUGCCUUCCCACACGAGGAGAAUGUUCUCAUUUAUUUGAAUGUUUUACUGUUGUUUUGCAUCUGGAGCAUAUUUUUACACUUCUUUUUCUCGUUUCUUCGUUUUUUUUUCUUUUCUUUUUUUCUGAGACGGACAAUGCCAAAGAGGAGUUGCAAGCAGCACUUUUCUUUCGAUCACGAAUAAGUAAACAAUGAUACUAAAUCAUAUUUUGCUGUAUUACUACAUUGUACUUUAAUCUGUGUUUUUAUUUAUAGGAAACAAAGGAAAUGCACCACAGCAAAAGAAAGAGGAGUUGUUUGGCUCAUAUUAAAUGUCAGAAACAA